UUUUCCUGCACAUUUAUAUCCUGAGAACUUUAAAUUAGGUUCCUUCUGAAUUCUCUGCCUUUCAAGUACUGUGGAAUUAUGAGAGAAGAAAUUUGCCCUCUGGACUAUGGAACUGAAUAAAGUGGUUGCUAGAAAAAAACACUAAAAACAUCAUAGCAAAAUGAAGUUCUUCCUUCUGCUUUCCUUCAUUGGGUUCUGCUGGGCUCAGUAUGACCCACAUACUCUAUAUGGACGAAGCUCUAUUGUCCAUUUGUUUGAGUGGCGCUGGGCUGAUAUUGCCAAGGAAUGUGAGAGAUACUUAGCUCCUAAUGGAUUUGGAGGGGUGCAGGUCUCUCCACCCAAUGAAAAUCUAGUAGUUAACAAUCCUUCAAGACCUUGGUGGGAAAGAUAUCAACCAAUUAGCUACAAAAUAUGCUCACGGUCUGGAAAUGAAGAUGAAUUCAAAGAUAUGGUGACUAGGUGUAACAAUGUUGGGGUCCGUAUUUAUGUGGAUGCUGUCAUGAAUCACAUGUGUGGAGUAGGGGCUGAAGCAGGAACAAGCAGCACAUGUGGAAGUUAUUUCAACCCAGGAACCAGGGACUUCCCAGAAGUUCCAUACUCUGGUUGGGAUUUUAAUGAUGGCAAAUGUACGACUUCAAGUGGAGGCAUUGAAAGCUACAAUGAUGCUGCUCAGGUCAGAGACUGCCGUCUUACUGGUCUUUUGGAUCUUGCACUUGGAAAAGACUAUGUUCGUACCACGUUGGCUAACUAUUUGAACCAUCUCAUUGACAUUGGUGUGGCAGGGUUCAGACUUGAUGCUUCUAAACACAUGUGGCCUGGAGAUAUAAAGGCGAUUCUGGACAAACUGAAUAACUUAAAUACACAAUGGUUCUCUGAAGGAAGCAGACCUCUCAUUUAUCAAGAGGUGAUUGAUCUGGGUGGUGAGGCGGUGACAAGUUCUGAGUACUAUGGAAAUGGCCGUGUGACAGAAUUCAAGUAUGGAGCAAAACUGGGCAAUGUUAUCCGCAAGUGGAAUGGAGAGAAGAUGGCCUAUUUAAAGAACUGGGGCGAAGGUUGGGGUUUCAUGCCUUCUGAUAGAGCCCUUGUCUUUGUGGACAACCAUGAUAAUCAGCGAGGUCAUGGGGCUGGAGGAUCAUCCAUCCUGACAUUUUGGGAUGCUAGACUCUAUAAAAUGGCAGUUGGAUUUAUGUUGGCUCAUCCUUAUGGACUCACACGAGUAAUGUCAAGUUAUUACUGGCCAAGAUAUUUUGAGAAUGGAGAGGAUGUCAAUAAUUGGGUUGGACCACCAAAUGACAAUGGAGCAACCAAAGAAGUGACGAUUAAUGCAGACACCACUUGUGGCAAUGGCUGGGUCUGUGAACAUCGAUGGCGCCAGAUCAGGAACAUGGUUGCCUUCAGAAACAUAGUCGGUUUUGAGCCUUUCUCAAACUGGUGGGAUAAUGGCAGCAACCAAGUAGCUUUUGGCAGAGGAAACAAAGGAUUCAUUGUCUUUAACAAUGAUGACUGGUCUUUGUCAACAACUUUACAAACUGGUCUCCCUGCUGGCACAUAUUGUGAUAUCAUUUCUGGAGAUAAAGUUAAUGGCUAUUGCACCGGAAUUCAAGUCUAUGUUUCUGACGAUGGCACUGCUCAAUUUUCUAUUAGUAACUCUGCUGAAGACCCAUUUAUUGCUAUCCAUGUGGAAUCAAAAAUAUAA